AUGAAUAAAAAACAUUUUGAAAAUACUGAUAAAGAUGAUUAUAAAUAUUUUAAAAGCUUUAUUUCAGGAGGUAUUGCAGGAAUGUGUGGAAAAACAAUAUCAGCACCUUUUGAAAGAAUAAAAUAUAUAUUUAUUACAAGAGACAUAUAAUUCAAAUAUACUAUUGCCUUGAAAGAAGCUAAGUAUAUUGUAAAAAAACAUGGAGUAUUAAAUUUAUGGAGAGGAAACAGUGCAAAUUUGAUAAGAAUAAUACCUUUUUCAUCAAUUAACUUUUCAACUUUUGAUUAUUUAAAAAAUAAUGUAUAUUUGAAAUAUUAAACAGACAAUGAAAUUAAAAAAUAAUUAUUAUUAUUUUCUAUUGGAGCUAUUUCAGGAAUAAUUUCUUAAUCAAUAUGUUAUCCUUUAGAAUUAAUAAGAACAAGGCUAGCUAUGCAAAAAGAUAGCUUUUAAUAUAAAAACUUUUUUGAUGCAAUAAAAGUUAUCCAUAAAACAGAAGGAACAAUUGGAUUUUAUAGUGGAAUGACUUUAGCCAUGUUUGCACCACUUGCUUCUGGAACAGCAUGGGCUAUUAAAAAUAAAGUUAAUAGAUUUAUUGAUAAUAAUUAUGAUUUUUGA